UAUUCCGCGCAACCCAAAAUUGGAGCAUUAAGACAUGGGCCGCCUCCGCUGUGUAGCCCAAAUUAGGAGCUAGGGCUCAUAAAUUCUUUGAACUAAAAUAACUUCUUCUUCUUCUUUUCUUCAUACUCACUUCGGCGGCAAACGCAGUGCAGAGGAAAAGAGUGCCUUGCCGAAAUGGUGACGUACAAGUUCCAUCAGUAUCAGGUUGUCGGGAGAGCUUUGCCCACCGAAACAGAUGAACAUCCCAAGAUUUAUCGUAUGAAGUUGUGGGCUACAAAUGAAGUUCGUGCGAAGUCCAAAUUCUGGUAUUUCUUGAGGAAGCUUAAGAAGGUGAAGAAGAGCAACGGUCAGAUGCUGGCUAUUAAUGAGAUCUUCGAGAAGAACCCAACAACAAUUAAGAAUUAUGGUAUUUGGCUCCGUUACCAGAGUAGAACGGGAUACCACAACAUGUACAAGGAGUACCGUGACACCACAUUGAAUGGUGGUGUGGAGCAGAUGUACACUGAGAUGGCUUCUCGCCACAGAGUUCGCCAUCACUGCAUCCAGAUCAUAAAGACCGCAACCAUUCCGGCUAAGCUGUGCAAGAGGGAGAGCACAAAGCAGUUCCAUGACUCCAAGAUCAAGUUCCCCUUGGUGUUCAAGAAAGUCAGGCCACCAUCUAGGAAACUCAAGACCACAUACAAGGCUACUAAGCCCAACUUGUUCAUGUAACUUGUUUGGUCAUAUGUGCAUUGAGAAGCAACUUCAGAUUUAUGCAAUUUUGGUGCAGUAGUUGAGUUGAGUUAAAGAUUCAUUGUGAAAGAGAUAUAAGUUAAACCUUUUUGUUCGACUGACCAAAUGAUGGUGGUUAUUAGAGUAUUUUUAAUCAUGAAUUCCUAUUUGCUUUUAUCGUUGAA